CUAGAAAAACACAGGAAGAAGCGCUCCUCUCUAUCCUCUCUAUCAGCCGACGACACUCAGGAUACAGAUAGACGACGCCCAUCUAUCUCCUCUGUCGAGUCCAGCUCUGCCUCGUCUUCACAGCCUACCAGACAAUUCUCUCCUUCAAGUCCCCCAAUAGCAAAGGGACUACCGUCUGCCCCAGAAAUCAGCUACUCCACAUCAGCUGUACCUACACUCCAGUCUCGACUCUCGGAUCAGUCGCUGAAAAGGCCAGAACCAGUUUCGAGAACUACCUUGCCUGCUACACAGCCUCUAACAGUUGGUCCAGCCCUGUCUGUUGAGGUUAAUUCUGCACCAAACUCUGCUUCAGGCUCUCCACCCCCGAAGCAAUCCUCCCCCGUGCUGUCUUCAGCCAGCCCAACCAUUGCUUCACCUCGCCAGUUUUCGGUGAGGUCUAAUCUCAAGGCCCAGUCCUCCGUCUCUUUCAGCACACCACCAGUUUCUCGGCCUAGCAUCAUGCCUGUCCGAAUUUCUACGUCCGGAAGGAUGAACGGGACCAACGGGGCGAGCAUUCUCUCCCCGCCCGACUCUCCCGGAGCCCUUUACCGCUCCAAGGGACGACUGCCUUCUUUCGCCUCUUCUCGUGCGACUAGCGGGAACUACAGCACCAUCCGGUCUCCCAAGAAGCUUGCCAACGGUGCUGGCAACUACCAAAACCUCUUUGUCCAGGAGUCAGCCGCCGCGUUGGCUGACCGCAGCAAGAAAGCGCUGGGCGUGGCACAUGAGAACAUCCGCGAUGUUACCUAUGUCUCGUUUCUUGAAUGGAUCAGAUCAGAGCGUCUCACCACACUGCCUCACAAGGGCAGUCGGUGGGAUAGGGUCCUGAUCCGUGCUCUGUAUUUCGCAGAGCAGCUGCACAAGUUUGAGCAGGCCAUCCAGCCAUUCGCUCACAACAGUAGCUCGGCAGCCAUUGUCGGUUACGGCCACGCACAGCUGCUUCUUGAGCUGAGUCACCACAACUCUGAAGCCCUGGAUAAGGCAUUUUCAAUCUUCUACAAGUUUGCAAUGUCAUUCCACUCGGUCUUGCACCGCUCAGAGUUGCUGGCUGCGAGCCCAGAAAUCCGCGAGCAAAUCUGCCUCCUCUACGCAGAUCUCAUCAGCCUCGUCGUCGAUGUGGGCAUCCACUUCCAUUAUGCCGCUAAAGGAAUGUCAUCUGGCUCUACAAGUCUCGACAUCUUUGAGCAGUUUGGCGAUACCAUCGAGUCCUUCCGUACUCGCCAAAACACAGUGAUUGAAUUGAUUUGGCAAUCACAGAUCGAGAACGAAGUUUUCGAAGAAGGAGAGGCCAUUGACGUUCAGCAUCUGAGCCGAUGGCUCGCUUCUCAAGAUCGAGUGAUUGCUGCCAUCACAAGAGAUCACGAGACAUAUGUGGACAACCAAGCUGAAUUCACCUGCCUUUGGUUCAACAAGCAUCUGACAAAGUUCUUCCAAAGCGAAAACCGCAUCUUCUUGGUCACUGGCCAGUCUGGUGCCGGCAAGACCACACUUGCUGGGUCUAUCGUGGAGCGUUUGCAACGGCCCAUGAACCGCAAGCAGUAUGAUACCAUCUUCUGCUCCCUCUCACCCGACAUUCCCACUGCUGCAACUUCGUUGGCAGUGGUAAAAUCGCUGUUGUUCCAGCUGUUGAACCUGCGCAUCGGCAACAUGAACAUGUACUGGGCGCUCUUCCGCGCCUACAACCAGUGCCGAAACUACGAAGAUACCAAGGCCUACGAAGAGUGCCUUUGGCAGGCGCUCACAGAGGCGCUUCAGAAUCCUCUUCCUGGCACCAACGAGCUCGUUGUGGUCGUGGAUGGCCUGGACGAGAUUGCUGACUCGAAGAGCGCAUCUGUCCAAGCACUGGGUGGUUUCAGCUCGACCGGUUUGCUGGAGAAGCUGGCCAAGGUCACGAAGCAGGGUCGUGGCGUGAGACUGAUUACCAUGUCUUCUUCAGUCAAGCUGUCUUCUCCGUCUAUGGGAAUUCAACAUGAAAUCACGCGCGACGACGUUCGGGAUGACCUCCACGCUGUCGCCAUGCGGGCCCUUAUUCACAACCAUCACUUCCACAGUCAGCGUUCCUUUGACCAGGAGCAGGUGCUUGAUCGAAUCAUUACGGCAGCCAAUGGGUCAUUCCUACAGCUCAGCUUGAUCUGUGAGCUGCUGAAUGGACAAAAGUCUCCCGAUGCCAUCAACAAGACAUUGGAAGGUCUCGAAGCCUCGAAGCCAACCAUCUCAGACCUCAUUGUCAGCCUCAUCAAGCAGCUGAACCCCAGCAACGAUGCAAAGACUUUGCUGUCGUGGGUCUUGGCUGCUGAGCGCCCUCUCACAAUCGACGAGAUUCAGACUCUGUUCUCCAUCGAUAUCGAGCGCGGCACUGUUGCAGACAAGGGCGUCAACACCAAUACUAUUUUCAAAGCUUUGGAGCCGCUGUUCACUUUGCACCAGCGCAUCGUGCGAUUCAAGCACCCUGUCAUCCACUCCACUCUGCAUGAUCUCGCGGAAACGGGCAAGGUCUCCAUUCCCCUGCAGAACAGCGAGACAGAUCUCCUUCUCCGAGUCCUGGCUUACACAAAGUCUGUGCUCAAGGACCGCAGAAGCGAGCCGACUUUUGAGAUUUCUGACCCGUCCACGCCAGACAACCUGUUCAAGCAGCACCGCUUCCUCGAGUAUGCUGUGAGAUACUGGGUCCUGCAUCUGCAGCAGUCUCCUUUGGCGCCCAAACCAUCUGGCGAGUUCAAGCCGACGCCCGAGCUGAAGAAGGUCUUCCCUGAAACCACCAUGCUCUCGAUUCUCGAGUCGAGCUGCUGGAACCUCCAGUUGCCAAUUCCCCAGGUCCUCGAACUCCAGAGGGUUGUGUGCAAGGUCCGCGAAACACUGUUCACCAAGAACCACCCUGCUGUGCUUCAGACCUACCUUGCCAUUGCCACGAGCUAUAUGAUCGUGUCCAACAUCACGGAAGCUGCCAAGUAUCUCUACAUUUGCACCAUCAUCAGCAAAGAGACUCUGUCGCCCAUCCACCCACUGACCGUGGAAUGUGCUACUCAGUUCUUGAGCAUCACCGAGACGCUGACGUCUUCCUCGAGAACGGAGAUCAUGACGCACCGGGAGCAGAUCUUGAUGGUGCUCAUCACGUCCUACGAGACUCAGUAUGGUAGCUCCUCUGAGUUGGUCAUCAAGACGCGGCAGCUUCUUCGCCAGCUUUACGAAUCAAUCAGCGAGAAGGAGAACGCACUGAAAAUCACGCGUUUGAUUGAGCUUCACGGGUCUGUCCCCCAGGCUUCCGGCGGCCACUGGGAGCAUGGAGGUGUCCAUCUCAAACACGUUCCACGCUAUGAUGACAUCAACAUUCACGGUGCCAUUCUCGGCAGCGACGAAAUCGAAGAAGAAUAUGCCAUGGCCAUGACCAUCUCAUCGGUUGAAGCUCAGCUAAGCUUGAUCCAGCAGCAUCUGCACCGCAAGGAGUUCACCAAGGCCGAGAUGAUGUACGCCGAACUGUGGAUGGAGAUUUCGUCCAAGUGCCGCACCGUCAUGGCGCUGGAGUGGCACGAGAAGAACAUUGAGAUUGCCACCGCGUACUCUCAGUUUCUGAGAAAUCAGAAGCGAACCAGCGAGUCCACGGCUAUCCUGUGCUCCGUCUGGCAGCAGUAUGAAUCCCACCAGCUGUCGUUCUCCGAGAGCAUCGUCUCGCGCCUCACACACGUGGCCAAGGAGAUGAAGACGAUGAACGCGCAUGCGCAGGCUCUCUCCAUCUUCAAGUUUGCCAGCUCUUACUACCAGAACGUGAGCCGCGAGGACUUGUAUGCUUCGCAGGAGGUCACCCGGCAGCUUUCCGAGACGUCGAGCGAACUCGUGCAGCAAUCGCUGUCGAGCUCCAGUUCGGUCACGCAGACGACGACGACAAUCUCGGAAUCGGUAGUCCAGGACGUCUUCUUCACAGCCAUCUCGAGCUCCAAGACGCUCGAGUCUAGCACUGUUGCUGUCGCUAAGAAGCUCACGGCUCAGUACAUGGCGAAGAAGGAUUACACGGCCGCCAUCAACGUCAUCCACGCGACUCUGCAGCGUACAUGGUCCUCGUUCCUCGCGACAUCCAUCCACGACGUCACCAUGGCAACGUCUUUCACGCAAGAAUCCGUCGAGCUGGUCGAGCGCCUUGCAGAGUGCUACCUGCAAAUGCGGCAGCUGGACAAGGUGGACGAUGUGUACAACCGGUUUUUCCGCGCUGUGCUCGUGACGGAGAAGGUGGACAAGGCCGUGUUUGAGAAGGCCAAGAACCUCCUGAUCAGCUUCUACGACAAGCACGGCUACGCCGACAAGGCCAUUAGCAUCUUCCAGGAAAUCCUGGUUGUGUAUCGCGCGCGCAUGGGACAUACGCACGAACUGACGAUUCAGACGCUGUAUAUUCUCGCCCAGCGAUGCCGCGCACACCCACGCAACCACGGAUACUGGCUGGACUACUACCUGCAGAUUCUGGUGGCGCUGAACAAGGACUCUGAUCUGUGCCACAAGAACGCGCUGGAUGCGCUCCAGGUCGUGACGGUGACGUACUGGGAAGACCGGCGGUAUGCCGAGGCCGUGACCUUCUACCGCGUGCUGUGGAACACGUUUGUUCGACAGACCAAGGAGCACCAGGUCUUUUCCGACGUCAAGUUCGUCGAGACGCUGUACGAGCGCUACUACCAGUGUCUGGAGGAGACCAAGGCCAGCUGGUCGGAUCUGUACAAGGUGACCAAGGAGUACCGCGAGACGUCGACUACGGCGUUUGGCGCAGAGUCUUCCAUCGCGGUGAAUGCAACGCUCUCGCUUGCACAGGUUACGCAGAGCAGCGAGCAGCACAUCUCCGAAGCCAUUGCUCUCUACGAGGCUGUGUCCCAGUCCGGCAAGCAAGUAACCACUACCACCACCGUUACGGAAAUCAACAACACGCUCUCGUCUCUCUACCACAAGCAGAUGCACUCGUCGUCCUCCAGCACCAUGAAGACGGAGACCAUCUCGCGCGCCCUCAAGAUGAGCGAAUCCCACUUCCACGAGGCAACGCAUGCCUACGGAUACAGCCACGAGUCUUCGCUCACGAGCCUCAAGGAGCUCGCCACUCUGUACUCGCGCCAGCAAAAGACCGAUGUGGCCGUCAAGCAAAUCUCCAAGGCGGUUUCCGAGAUCGUAGCCAAGGAGACGUCGUCGCAGAAGCAAAUCGAGUCUGCCGCUGCAAUCGCGCAGACGUUCCAGGCCAUCGAGCAGACCAGCACGGCGCUCAGCAUGGCACAGGAACUGCACCGCCAGAUCUGUGCAAAAGACACCCGACACGCAGCCAAGUGGUCCUUUGACCUGACAAAGUCCGGCCGUACUUCCCUCGCGUUCCUGGCGUCGCUCAAAUACCACCUCCGCCGGGACCUGAGCAUCACGUUUUCUGAAAUCUACGCCGACCUCACCAUGGAAUACAUCUACUGGGUGCAGUUCCACCAGACGCUGCAGAACAACGAGAGCCUGACCAACAUCCUGCUUGCGGCGGCGCCACUGCGCUACUUCCUGCGGCGCAACGACAGCAAGGAGAUGAUUUCCGUGGUGGAAGACCAGGCCGUCGAUCUGUUUGUCAAGCGCGACGCGCAGGACCUCAAGGACUUUAGCAACGAGUCUCCGCGGCUUUUCAUCAUGGGCAUUCUGGACUACCUCGGCAGCGGGCGCAACAAGGACUUUGUGCGCUCCGUCAUUCUCUCGAGCAACCAGAGCGUCAGCCAGCUUACCAAGGCCAAGAAGUUCCGCGAGGCCUACGACAUUGCGACUCUGGGCUUCCUCUUCGCCAGCAAGCACCAUGGGUACAAUGGGCCGCGCGCCAUCGGCAUGGGCUUCAAGCUGGCGUCGCUGCUUGUGGGCCGCGACACAACCGAGAAGUGCGGCGACGCGGCGCUGCGCAAGAAGAUGCUGGAGCUGUCCAACCGCAUUGUCAAGAAGAUCCUGGACAUCUGCAAGAGCCUCAAGAUCAACUUUGCGCACAUCCAGCUGUACGAGCUGAGCCAGCUGUCGGCGCUGCUCGGCGAACAAGCAGACUACGAGACGCUGGAAUGGCUGCUCACGACGCUCUGGCAGACGCGCGACGCCCAGCGCUCCUGGCCCGCAGAAGUCCUACUCAACCUCGGUCGCCGCCUCAUCUGCGCCCGCUACCUCGCCGGGCACCCCGUCAAAGCCAUCCGCCUCGCCGAAGACAUCGCCUACAACAUGCGGCGCGCCCACGGGCCCCGCGCCCCCGUCACCAUCGAGACGUACGAGCUGCUCGCCCAGCUGUACACCUCUACGGGCCAGCACUACCAAGCGCAAGCCGCCAAGGGCGAGAAGACAGCCAGCAUUGCACAAGACUACUUCAAGAAAGCAGUGCUAGUCCACGAAGACAUUCUGCGUGUGCUCGUCAAUAAAUCCUCGUCCUCUCACACGCACGACGACGACGACGACGAUGACGACGACGAAAUGGACACCACAGCCGAACUCCUCGCCCGCGAAGGCAUAAACGUGAAAACGCAAGCCAACGCCCCGAGCCCCACGGCCAUCGACUCGGCGACACUGGACCGCGCCGCCACGGCGCUCAAGCACCUGCGCCUCCUCAAACUGGCGUACCAGCGCCACGGCGGCUGGCCAAAGCCCUACGCAGAAUACGACCGCCUCAACGCGCUUCUGUUCCGCGUCUUCGGCACAGACCCCACCUGGAGCGGCGUCGAGGGCACCGAGAAAUGGGAUGCGAAGCCGUUUGGCGCCGGCAAGGCCGAGGCCGCUGAAGGCGGCUUCAAGGGCGUUGACGACUGGACGUUUGGAAGCGACGACCUGGUUACCGGUCAGUUGCAGCAGGUCCUGAGUCCCCGGCGCGCCAUGAGUCCUGCGCCGCAUGGCAAUGGCAAUGGCAAUGGCAAUGGUGUGAGGAUCCAGUUGCGGUGAGUGUUGCGUGGGUGGGGUAGAGGGUAGAGGGUAGAGAGAAAGAGGGGAUGGAGAGAGGGAGUCGAGGCUGUGAUGCUGAUAUCUAAGCGGUGUAAGUAAU